AUUAUUGCAGUGGUCAUGGAUGUAUUUACAGACCGGGACAUCUUCCGCGAUAUUGUUGAUGCAGCAUAUAAGCGCUGGAUCCCAGUCUAUAUAAUCCUAGAUGAGGAGGGUGUGAAGCUCUUCCUGGAAAUGUGCAGAUGCCUUGACCUCAGUGACUUGCAGAUCCGGAAUAUCCGUAUACGUUCUGUGACAGGAGUUGGGUUCUACAUGCCAGCAGGGAAGAUCAGAGGCACAUUGGCAUCCCGAUUCCUGAUGGUGGAUGGUGAAAAGGUGGCCACUGGAUCAUACAGCUUCACAUGGAGUUCAUCCCACAUUGACAGAAACAUCCUGCUAGUCUUGACAGGACAGCAUGUGGAGAUGUUUGACGUUGAGUUUCGUGAGCUCUAUGCCAUCUCAGAGGAAGUUAAUUUCUACAAGGAACUGGGUAUUCCUAACCCAUUCCUUCUUGGAAUUGGGAAACCAGGCCUUCAUUCCUCCACCGUGGCUCGGAAGUUCAUUAACCCCAAGUAUGGUUUAGUGGCAGGGGCAACCCGUGGUGAUAUGAUGCUCUGGGCUUCACGACACAGGCAGGAUAAUCAGGGUAACAUGGAAAAGGAGGAAACAAGUGAGUCAAAGAAACGGUUAAAUCAGUUUCUGAAUGACUUAGUCACACUGGAGCAAGAGUUCCCAGAAAUUGAUCCACCUCUGGAAAACUUGAACAAGCUGAAUCGGAGCCCUCAGAAACUGUUCUCCCGGCUCCACAUGGACCUGAAAAAUAAAUCCAAAUCCAGAGAGUCUAUUCGUGAUGUGAAGAAAGAAGAUGCACAGGCCAAUUCAAAGCAAGGAAAACGGUUUGCCAGUGGGAUUUUCAGUCGCAAGGCCAAACGGUCUCCAGGCUCAAGCAUUGAGGCCAAUUCUUUUGCCAGUGAAGGACAUUCAGGAGAAGACCUUGGGAACAUGAAACUGGAAUACGAGCGGCUCAGCAUUGGCCAUGCCAGUGUUCGGAGUACUGGAGGCAUCUCGGGUAACCUGGGUCCAAACUCCACUACAAGUGAUAAAAACAAACAAUCUACCUGUGUGUUAUCUUGA